AUGUCUGAAAGAUGCAACCAGAUCGACUGGAACAAGGUCGCUCAUGACCCGAUCUUGGCACAAGAGAUCACAAACGGACAUGCUGCGCGGAUGAGAUACUCCCGCUUCCGUUCAGCCAUGCUUGGACUUGAGCCCCAGCGUCGGAACAGGACAAGCGGGACUAAGUCGAAGGUGACCAAGUCCAAGAAGGAGCCCAAGGCGAAGAGGGAAGAGGCGGCCAAGCCAAAUCCGGAGACCGCGUCGACGCAGGACUCGGCACCAAAGACCGAGUCUCCCAAGGUCAAGCAGGAGAGCCUCCCGACCCCUGCAGAGACGCAGUCCAUACCGAUUUCCAUGGCUGCUCCUCUCAUUCCCGACACCCAGACGCAACUCCACAACAGACUCCUCACUCCCUGCAGCGACACCGACCUGCUCGCUGCAUCUCACGGCUAUGCCACAAGCCCGGCGAGCGAGAUGCUGCACUCGGAGGCGGGCUACGACUUCACGGGCGCAGCCUCAUGCGCCCACGAUCAUGCCUCGUGGCACCAGAGCCCUGCGUACUCGGCAUUUGGCGUACCGUACGAGCUCGAUACGUUCACCACUGGCUACUGCGACCAUCAGCAUACCCAUCAUCAUGGCGGCGACUUCGGCAUGCCGACCCCAAUGAUCGGCAUGGACCAUAACGUCCCCGUGAAACACGAAGAAUGGGACGCACGGUAUGAAUGA